AUGGAGUUUAAGGCAGCACAACCAAUAGCCAACUUACUUGGGAACCCAAACCAAAUGUGGGAUCCACCUUAUGAAAAUUGGUAUAAAAUGAAUGUUGAUGCUUCUUUCAAAGAUAGGAUCUCUCCUGCUGGGAUUGCUAUGGUGGUUAGGAAUUCAAGAGGGGAAUGGAUAAUGGGUGGUCAAUGCAAGAGAUGGGCAAAUUCUGCAAUGUCUGCUGAACUAUGGGCUCUUUGGGAGGGACUAAGUUUAAUUAUGGAUAAGAAUUGGUCUAAUGUCAUGAUCUCCUCUGAUUGUAAAGUGGCUAUUCACCUAAUCGCAUAUGAUGUACACUAUGAUAGUGAGCUGUCUGGUUUGAUAAGAACAUGCAGGGAGCUGCUUAGGAGAAACAUGAGGCUGAAAGUUGAAUAUGGGAGCAGAAACACCAAUGUAGUGGCGGAUGCAAUGGCAAAAUCAUGUAGGCACAAUUCUACUAUCAAUGUAAAUGAAUAUACUGCUUGUAUUGUGAGUCCUUCAGGACUUCUUGAAGAGCUGUACCUAAAAGAGCUUGUAAACACUAAUUAA